AUGCUCGCAACACUCUUCUUCACAACAUUGCUGCUCUUGCUGGCAGCAGGUGGGCUCUGGGUGAAUGAAGUGGGCGGCGUACCUUCAGAUGGCGGGUCAGAACCGUGGUAUCCCAGUCCAAAAGGCGGCACAGUGUCAAAGUGGAAGGAGAGCUAUGCGAAAGCAGCGGAUAUGGUGGGACAAAUGACCAUUAUUGAGAAGGUGAACGUCACUACAGGCACUGGCUGGAGCAUGGGCAUGUGUGUGGGCAAUACAGCGGCGGUCGACAGACUAGGAUUUCCAAGUCUCUGCCUACAAGACGGACCGCUCGGACUGCGCUUCGUGGACAAUGCUACGGCGUGGCCAGCAGGCAUCACGACCGGCGCAACGUGGAACAAGGACUUGAUGUACCGCAGAGGACAAGCACACGGCUUCGAAGCAAAGAAGAAGGGGAUCAACGUCAUUCUCGGACCAUCGAUGGGGGCGCUUGGGAGAUUACCAGCAGGUGGACGAAACUGGGAAGGCUUCGGAGCAGAUCCCGUCUUGCAAGCUGUCGGUGCAGCUCAAACCAUCAAAGGCAUCCAAGACGCCGGAGUGAUGGCAACAGCAAAGCACUUUGUCGGCAACGAGCAGGAACACUUUCGCCAGAGCUUCGAGUGGGGUCUGCCGAACUCGCUCUCCUCCAACAUUGACGACCGCACACUGCAUGAGAUCUAUGCCUGGCCAUUUGCGGAGAGUGUCAGAGCCGGAGUUGCGAGUAUAAUGUGCUCGUACAACCAGGUCAACAACUCGUAUGCGUGCCAGAACAGCAAGCUCAUGAACGGGAUCUUGAAGGAUGAGCUGGGCUUUCAGGGCUUCAUCCAGAGUGACUGGCUGGCGCAGAGAGCGGGAGUGGCGUCAACACUGGCUGGACUGGACAUGACGAUGCCCGGAGAUGGAUUGAGGUGGCAGGAUGGCGAUACGCUGUGGGGCGGCGAGCUCACCAAGUCGGUGCUGAACGGGUCGGUCCCGAUGGAGAGGCUGAACGACAUGGCGUUGAGAGUGGUCGCGGCUUGGUACCAACUCGGACAGGAUGACUCCUCACAAUGGCCGAAUGGAUCGCUAAGCAGCUCGGCAACAUUCAGCAGUUGGACGAAUGACGAGGUGGGAAAGCUGUACGAGGGAUCUCCAGAUAGUACGGAGACAGGUCUUGUCAACCAAUUCGUGCCUGUUCGCGUUACGGAUGAAGGAGGGGAUCAUGAGAAACUCGCCCGUGAGAUAGCAGCAGAAGGGAUCGUCAUGGUCAAGAACGACGACAACAUGCUCCCACUCGCCAAGGACGGCUCGAACAUCCACUCCAACCGCACCGGCAAAAAGGCUGGCGAGAAGGUCAAAGUCGGCAUCUUCGGACUUGAUGCCUUUUCCCAUCCAAAGGGACCCAAUUCUUGCCCCGACCGCAGCUGUAACGAAUACACUCUCGCAGUGGGUUGGGGAUCUGGAUCCUCCGAGUUCCCGUAUUUGGUCUCCCCGUUUGACGCACUGAACGCCACGUUCGAUCACUCCGCUGUCGAAGUCUCGGAUUAUGCUCACAACGGCAUCAAACUUGUUGACCGGACCUCAGAGAAGCAAGACAUCUGCAUCGUCUUCCUCAACUCCGACUCUGGCGAGGGCUACCUCGAAUGGAAUCAUGUGAAGGGUGACCGCAUUGACCUCAUGCCUCAGAAUCAUGGCCACUUUCUCGCCGAAGAAGUCGCUAAAUCUUGUGGUGGCAAGAAUUCCGACGACUCACCGAACUCCAACACGAUCGCUGUCUUGCAUACUGUCGGACCCACUAUGCUCGAUCCGUGGAUCGACCUGCCUGGAUUGAAGUCCCUACUGAUUGCUCAUCUUCCCGGCCAAGAAUCCGGCAACGCUCUGGCGGACGUAAUCUUCGGCGAUGUCAACCCAUCCGGUCACCUCCCCUAUACCAUCGCCCACAAGGAAGAAGACUACGGCCCCAACAGCAAAAUCCUCACCAAACCCAACCACCUCGUCCCACAACAAAACUUCACCGAAGGCUGGGCAUUCGACUACCGCUACUUCGACCAACAAAACAUCACACCGCGCUACCCCUUCGGCUAUGGAAUGAGCUACACAACCUUCGUCCUCGAUCCCGUCGAACUCACCCUCCUCACAUCCGACAUCUCUCCAACCCCGGCUCCUCGCCCGAAAGACGAAGUGUCCCCUCCUAAACUCGACACCGCCCUCCCCGACCCACAAUCAGCCGUCUUCCCCAAGAAUUUCCACAAAGUCAGAAAUUUCAUCUACGCCUACCUCACCCACGCCUCCGCCGCCAAACCCCACGGUACUCCCUCUUUCCCCUACGGCUACGGCAAACACGACACCCCACACCCUUCCUCCCCGGCGGGUGGAGCCGAAGGCGGAAAUCCUGAUCUCUGGACCGAAAUCGUGUCGGUGAAAACCCGCCUCCGCAAUACGGGGAAUAUGGAGGGGAAAGCAGUAGUGCAGGUGUACAUUUCCUACCCUCCUGAAGCGGAGAAUGAGAUGGAAGAGGGCUUCUUUCCGAAGAAAGUGUUGAGGGGGUUUGAGAAGGUGAGUGUACCGGUUGAGGUUGGUUUCGGGAGGGGGAAGGAAGAGGGAGUGGAGGUUGAGAUUAAGUUGACGAGGAGAGAUUUAUCAUUUUGGAGUGUGCAGGAGCAGAAUUGGGUGUUGCCGAAGGGAGGGUUUGUGGUGUUGGUGGGGUUUGGGAGUGGAGAUUUUGAAGGGGUGGGGGCUACUGGUAUUCUGGGGACGAUUAAAGUGAGGGAUUGA